AUGGACCUUACUGCCGAUACGUCUACCCUACCGGUGGAUUUUGAAGGAAGCCUGGAUCCCAGCCGACUUCCUGAGAUAACUCUAGGGAAUCAUUCUUUAAUGGCUACCAGCGAACAAAUGACACCCUGUAAGUUGUCGUCAAAAACCUGCGGUGACAGACUGUCUCCUGUCCGUGGCCGAACUAUGAAAGAAUAUGACCAG